AUCCGGCAGCGUCAGUGACGAGGGGGCGUGGUCAAGCUCACACCUGACGCUCUGGCUCCUCCCAUAUUGUCGCGAGCAAUUUGCUGCUCAUGGCCGGCGUCCUGGUCCAACUUGAGGUUCCCGCCAUGGCUGACGGCUGAUUUCCACCGAGAAGGAGCACGACCCCAGGUGGGUAAAAGUCACUUACCUGUCCUCAACACAUCUUGGCAAACACGCACCUGGAAGCGGAGUUUGUUGUUGCCACCGGGGUGACAACAGGUGACCGGAUGGAGGUGACGGGUUCCUGGACGGAAGUCUUUGAGACGACUGCGGCAGUUGGGGUGGGGGGGCCGCCACUGAUGGCCGAUGGCGCCGCCGUCCGCCGCUCAGAGCCCAUCGCCAUCACCUCCAACAGGAUGAAAAGGGCGGAGUCUUUCUCGUCCUCGGCUCCCUCCAUCCCGAACCCUUUUCCCGAGCUGUGCAGCCCUUCAAAGUCCCUCGUUACCAUGGCGACGCUUGCAGCGCCAUCUGGCGACAAACACCUCGUGAAGGUGUUUGGCGAGGACAGCUACGGGCGCUCGCUGUGGGUCGGCGCCGGCGCCACUGCCAGAGAUGUGUGUCAGAUGUUGGUCCAGACGGCCCACUGCAGCGAUCAGGAGAACUGGGCACUGCUGGAGGUUCAUCCCGAUCUCGGCCUCGAAAGGUGUCUGGAGGACCAUGAGGCGGUGCUGGAGGUCCAGGCCAGCUGGCCCCUGAAGGGGGACACCAGACUGGUGUUCUGCAAGAACUACGCCAAAUACGAGUUCUUCCGCAAGCCCACGCUCUUUUUCCCGACCACCAUGAUCUCUGACAGUUCCGAUGUCAGCAGGGGGAUGACGCCAUCACAGCUCAUCCAGAACCUGCUCCAAUCGGGAGCGUGUCCCGAGAUCCAAGGGUUCCUUCACGUCAAGGAGCCCAACCGCAAGGCCUGGAAGAGAGUCUACUUCUUCCUGCGGCGCUCCGGACUCUACUGCUCCACCAAAGGCUCGUCCAAGGAACCUCGUCACCUGCAGUAUGUGGCCGACCUUCAGGACCUGAACGUGCACAACGUGGUCAACGCUCGCAAACUAUACGCCGCGCCCGCCGACUUCACCUUCUGUAUCAAACCUUCAAAGAGACCAGUUCGUCUUCAGGACUUGAAGAUUCUGUGUGCCGACAGCGAGCAGACCAGAACUUGUUGGACGUCCGCGUUCAGAUUAUUCAAGUACGGGAAGCAGCUGCAGUGUAACUACCAACGAUCCAAGUCCAGCCGGCGAAGCCUGGAUGGAACCAACUUGGGAGAUGGCAAAGCCAAGUCGGAGGCCAGCCUGGUGGCCAUGGACUUCUCGGGGAACGCCGGUGGCCGCGUACUUCAGAAUCCCACAGAGGUUCGGAGCGCCGAGCGAGAGGAAGGCCAAGCCUGGAGGCGUAGAGAAGCGCUGAGGUACAGUCUGCCCAACUUAAGCUCCGCCUCCAGACCGUCGGCCGUGCACGUGACGCAGCCGUGGUUCCACGGGGGCGUGUCCAGGAAAGAAGCACAGAGGCUGAUCGAGAAGCAGGGCCUCAUCGACGGCAUGUUCCUGAUCCGUGAGAGCCAGCAGCACGCCCAGUGCUUCGUGUUGUCCCUGUGCUACCAGUUGAGCACCAAACACUACCUGAUCAUCCCCUGCGAGGACGGCGGCAGGAAGUACUUGACCAUGGACGACGGCGCCACCUUGUUCAUGGACCUUCUGCAGCUGGUGGAGUUCCAUCAGGCCAACAGGGGCAUCCUUCCCGUCUGCCUCAAACAUCCGUGCGUGUGCGUGGCGCUGUGAGCUCUCAUGCAGGAAGUCGGUCGUACGGUGUGACCUCUUUUUUUUGCCCCUCCCCCUUUGAACCUUUUUUGGGAACACACACUGGGACCUAAUGGGGCCUGGCUCAUGUGACCAAGAAGGACACGCCCUCUUGUAUGGAAUCAUGAUGAAGUCAUGAUUGUCUUUUUACCUGUAAGUUGCACUUACUUAAAUGUUUGCAUUCAUAAUUUCAUAAUUUCAUAUUAAAUAUCAACUUUC